AGUCCAGGUUUAGUCAGAGUUUAGACCAGGGUUAGAUGAGGUUUAGUCCAGGUGUAGUCUAGGGUUUGACGAAGUUUUACUGCAGGUUUAUUACAGGUUUAGGCUUAUUUAAUCUUGGUUUAGACCAAGUUUAGUUCAAGUUUAGUCCAGAUUUAGUCUAGGUUUAGACCUGGUUUAGACAGGCUGGACAACAGUCUUGUCUCUUUGGGGACAUUUUAACCUUGUUAAAAUUGAGCUGAGGAACAUGGAUGUGUCCUGGAGCAGAGCUGAGUGAAGGAGGAAGCCCCACACACAGAUAAACACAGGUUCUGGUCUACACACGGUCCCUGGAUGGAACGUUCCAUAAUCCGCCUGGUGCAUUACCGCAGACAGAUUUUCUGCUUCUCAGUCCCAGAUAUCUGCCCGUGCUGCGGAGAGGAGCUGAAGGGGGCACGGCUUACAGACGCACCUAUCACCCUGCCCCACCCACUCAGCCAUGCCCACAAGAGUAGGUGCAGCCUGGUCAUUGCACCUGCCGAGAGCAACCUCAACAGAGAGUUUGAUGGAACAGCCGACCUCCACACAGGGAUCUCCAAUACCCAAGGUGUGGUGUAUAACUACACAGCAGGCGGCGUGCGCAGAGACUCUGGGGGGUGGGAGGAGGUGGUGGUUGUUCCUCUGGUCCGACCCGACAUGUUCCACCUUCUGGACCGAUGGGACCUGUACCUGGAACGGUUUUCCCAAGGUUCAGCCUGGGACCCAGUCUGGACCAGAUUUGACGAGCAGACCCAUAACUGCUUCAGCUUCUGUCUGGACUUCGUGAACGUGGUGCUAGAAGUCAUGGGUCAAAGUCCUUUGACCCGAGAUACUUUUACCCAGAACUACAUCCUGCCCCGCAUGAAGAGGCUCUGGAAGUACAACGCCAUCUACAGGAGGGUGGAGAGAGAGGGCUGCUAUGCCGUGGACCCUCCCGAGGACCAGGACCACAACUAGACCAGGACUGAGCUAGAACUGAGCCAGGACAAGACCACAACUAGACCAGGACUGAACCAAGUCUAAAACAGGACACAGCGAGGACUUGUCCGGAACUAUGCAAAUACCUUGUAGGUCUGUAUACUUGGACUGAAUACUUAAGUUUAUUGGAGAUGUAGACUUGAUGGAAAAUGAAGUGGUUCAAAUUGAAGGAACCGUAUGUAAUUUGGUGUUUUGGUUCAAAACAAUUAUCCAACCAGAAAGAGAAUGAGCCUCACAUGAGUCUCUCAUUUAGGUUGCCAAUUUCAAUGCUGAAAUGCAGUUGGUUUAAACCUAAAAAUCUCUAAAAGGAUGGCAAUCAUUAAUUAGUGCUAUUGCAGCCUCUGCAGCUCCAAAUUCUGAAUUCAGAAUUCUGGAGGUUCUGAGCUUUCACAUGAAGCAUGGCCUAUCCAUAUAUUGAGAAUGAGUAAAACUUGUGUCCUCUAUCUGCAGGUUAAAGCACUGGCAACAUUGGUUCAGAUGUGACUGUAGAACCUUUAAAACUGUGAGAAGCAGGAUACUGACAGCUCCUUUAAACUCAAGUAAAAUAAUGUGGACUUAAAUCACUUUUACUGCAAUAAGUAACUCUACUUCUCAGGGUAGUUUCACUUGUACUUGUGUUAUUUAGCACUAACAGUACUCUUAGCUGUGGUUCCUCUUCCCACUGUGAGUGAGUGAUUUGAACACUAGUGUUUCUUUCUUCUUCAGACA